AUGUUCGCAGCCGCAGCAGCAGCCCACAUGCACUUCCUCUCUGCGGCUGCUGCUGCCGCCUCCUUCACUAGCAGCCUGCCGACGGUGCAGACCAAUACUGCCGCCACCUCCACCGCCAACCACUCCUCUGCCUCCACUGCCACGAGAGGGACUGGGCAGGGGGCCCUCGCCUCAUCCCCCACCGGUCCCGAUCGAAAGGCACCCUCCGACGCCUGGAUGGUUCAAUCUUCUGCGAUUGCAUCAAAAUCAUUAGAAUCAGGGCGACAAAACUCUCGUCAGCCUAACUGUGACCCUGACACAACGGCAUCUUCGCCCCAGGAUGAGGUCUCAAGUGAGCCUGAUGGUGGUCGGUUGCUUUCCCGAUUGAAAAAGACGCACAUAAAGAAGCCACUGAACGCUUUCAUGCUCUUUAUGAAGGAAAUGCGCCCACGAGUGCAGGAGGAGUGCACAUUAAAGGAGUCCGCAGCAAUCAACCAGAUUUUAGGCAAAAGGUGGCAUGAGCUCUCGCGGACCGAGCAGACAAAGUAUUAUGAGAUGGCAAGACAGGCAAAGGAGCUUCACCAGCGCCUCUACCCAGGCUGGUCGGCACGCGACAAUUACGCCUAUCACGCUCGCCGGCGCCAUCGUCGUAGCCGACGACCUUUUCCCCACCAUCGCUCCUUUGUCCACAAACCAACCAGCAGCUCUAGUACUAUCAAUACUGCCUCUAAGACGUCUCCUGCCAGUCGUUUCCGCUCGUCCAGUUUUCAUGAAGAUCGGAAGGCGCUGGAGUUUCCUCAGAAGGUUCUUGAGCGUCCACACUCCACAAACGAUGUCUACUCACCUUCGAUAGAACGACGAGUGACUUCUUUGUCACCUCUCUCUUCUCCACUUCCUCCUCCUCAAUCACCGGUGAUAACAAACAGGGUACCUGAACAACACCAACAACAGCAGCAGCAGCAAGUAGCAACGCGCUCUUCACCACCACCUCGUCCUUCACUGCCGCCGCCACCACCAACACAGUCGCAGUUACCACCACACACAGCAGCAUUUGUGAGUCCACUACAAGCGCCAUCACAGCCACCGCCACAAGCUCUUGCUGCAUUGUCCAGACCAACACCUAAUCUUGCCAACAAUGCACUGACAAUGUCAGCGUGUUCUGCAUUUGAGCAUCACUACAAUCAAGCCGCGCAUCAUCAUCAUCAGCAACAACAACAACCACAUUCUCAACAAUUCUUGCAAAUGUCACCUCAAAGAGCCUUCGGUUACUCCUCUUCUUCCUCCUCCAUGGUCUCAGCUCCCGUUGCUACCGCUGUAUCUAUGUAUGCAUCGGCGCAGGGUCAAGGCAGAGGAGGGACGAUGUCUAGAUCAUCGACAGGAUAUUGGGGUUACCAUGGCCCACAGACAGCCUCACACCAAUCGGCUGUGGGUAUAAAACGGAAUCCCUAUUUGACCGCAGCGGCGGCAAUGAAUAGCGAUUCGGUAGCGGCGGUUGCAGCGGUAGCAGCAAUGGCGGUGGGCGAGCUAUCAGGUGGAAGUAUGAAGAAGUGUCGCGCAAGAUUCGGUCUUGAGCAUCAGAAUCUGUGGUGCAAGCCUUGUCGACGAAAGAAGAAGUGCAUCCGCUUCAUUUCGGAAAACGAGGUUGACGACUACAUGCCACAGUAUCAUCCUUACCACGCACAUUCAGCCGCUGCGGCAGCAGCAGCAGCCGCGGCGGUGGCCUUCAAUCAUCACCAUCACCAUCCACAUCAGCAGCCACCACCACCACAAGCACCGCAUCAUCCCUAUGGGAUGUUUUCCACAUCUCGUCGACACACCAAUGCCAGUGGUGGUGCUUACGCCGGGCUCGCAGAGAUUUCCUCGGGUGCCCAUCUACGAAAACAAUCGUUUAUCCAGACCCCGGUAUCGCCUUUCGACAACGGUGUUGGGGCUGGUCCACAGCGCCCCUUUACACGGCAACCGAUGCCACAACACAUCUCUGUCACCACUGCUGCUGCUGCUGCCAACUCGACAUACACGCACCCGUCUCUCGGCGGCAGCAAUAAACGACCGUUCCCAAUAACAUCCACCCCACGGCAGCAUCAGCAGGCGUCGGGAGAGUAUACAAGCGUAUCAAACGCUCCCUAUGCAAGUAGUGGCGAUGGUGCGAACUAUUGGGGAUUGAGUUCUCGCUCUGCUACCAACGCGACUGCCGUUUGUUUUCCAGGCGCGGCGGCACGUUUUUCCGCCUCCGAAAUGAUAAUAUCACAGGGUGACCCGAAGUCACUGGCACCGCUACUUCGGGAAACACAGGGUUCUAAUCCUUCCCCCUCCGCCUACCCACUUCCUAAGAUGAACAACUUCCCACACACCCAACAGGGUACCACACUGGCUGCCGACACCUCCACAGUCACUUCAAUCACCACCGCCACCAUCAGGUCCGCUGCCUCUGCUAUCGUUACCAAUGGUAGGUGUAGCGGUGAUCUGCGAGUAAAACGGGAAGCUCCGCCGCUAAGCUUCGGCGUGGCCGAUGUGAUGGGUUUCAGGUCGGGUGAGGAGGGUGCCGCACUGAAUGCGGUGACAGCGACGUCAACAUCCACUUCAAAUACCGUCGUUUACCGUGGAAACGCCUCACCGAGUACCUCCUCCUGUCCACUUCGAUCCUCGCCGGAGUUGGAGUAG